AGUCAAGCUAAGACAAUUUAUUACCACUAAUUUUUGCUGUGGAAAAAAGACACAAACGGUAUUUAUACUACUGUGAAUUCCUUCAGUGAGAAUAAAAAGCUUAAGUGAAAUCCUCUACAUUAAUUAUUGAUUUGUUAGAUUUCCUAUCUUUCUUCCAAAUGUUCAAAAUUGCUUCCAUGGGAAUUCAUUUCAUCCCCAAAACAACUGUGAGGCACAUCUGGUUGAGAUGGAAUAACUCAGCCUGCCACCCUAAAGUUUUAAGGAAUAAGAACGGAUGCGAACCUGUCAAGCAUUCGGAUGCAGCCUUUGACAUGUUCCCAUGGUGUAUUUUUAAUUUGUUCGAGUCAAUUGAGAUGCAAGAGAGUUUCGAGAACCGUAAGUGUGCACCCAUUAAAAUUUUAAAUAAAAUAAUUGUAACAUGAAUAUUUAAUUCUAUUUUUUUUUUGUUGCUCUGCCAAUUUAUCUUUCUCUCUUCAUUUUGGCAUUGUUCCUUUUAAAAUCUGUCCUCCACCGUAUCAUCAAAAGCUGUGUUUCUUGAUUUGCUGAAAGUUCCAUACCCCGAAUUUUCAAUUUUAUGGAACUUAUUUCCAAGUAUGUGAUACUUUUUGGAAUGCCAACAGCACUUAACCUUGAGUUAAAAGAAACUUGAGACAAUGUCAGAUCUCAAAUUUCGAACGUUAUAUUGGAGAAAAAGAACUACUUUCCAUGCUGAGUUUUAUACUUAUCAGGUCAUCUAUCUUUCUUUCCUCUGAACUUUCAGUGCUGUUUAUUUUGGUAGUUUUUUAAAAAAAAAUAUUCAUGACUUCUCCUUAAAUAAACAGCAACUCAUAGUAUUAUUUAAUAAGUAGUUGCAGCACUCAAUCAUUUUUCUACAGUAAGACACACACACACACACACACACACACACACACACACAGAGAGAGAGAGAGAGAGAGAGAGAGAGAGAGAAAGAGAAUAUUGAAUUUGCGUGUGCAUAUUGCCCCUUGUGUUAGUUGUGUCAGAUGCCUGGGAAUCUUUUCUUUUCCCACCUCUGUAGCUGCAAUACAACUGGUUGUUAUUUUCUGUUGAUUGACAGGGGCUCCCUUUGGAACCUUGAUUGUGGCUACUCCUGAGUGGUUGCUUUAUUGCUGUUCUCACAAAGAAUGGCUGUUCCAUGCCCUACAAAGAAAGUAACGCUAGAUGGCAUACCUAUCAGGCUUUUCAAUACCUCUGAAUGCUUCCACGGAGCUUAAUAAUUAUUGGUAGAGUAACAGGUGCAGGUUGUUCAGAAAUAAAAAUAUAGGUACAAUGUAUACAGACGGACAAUAAAGAACAGAAACACGGGAAGCCAUUCCAAUACUGCCAGCAUCGUUUGAUGAAAGUUCUUUCUAAUGAGGGAUUCUCCACCUUCAUCUUGAAGGAAGCUGUACUUGCAAUGCAAAUCCUUUACCAGUCAAUUUCCAAAUCGAUCGAGGGCUGCUAGACAAGCUACCUUUAACUGCUUUCAUGCCAUAUAGAGAGUGUCAAAACUUCCCCACGGAUGUCUUCUCUGUAUUUUAUUGCUUCUUGCAUGUUCAUAUUGUGCCAAAUGCUCAGCUCAGUGUUUGCUAUCAGCUCCUACCCACUGCAAGCAGAUCUGCAGCUAAAGAUGGCAGAUUCCCUUUUUUUUUUAAUGGAUGACAGCUGAGCACGCAGAAAACAACGUAAGAAUUCCCUAAACGUAAGUGCUUCUCCAACUACCUGUAAUUUGUCACACUACUUUUGCAGUGAUGCUCUGAAGGACAUUGUAAUUAAAAGGUCCUGUAAGGUUCGGUCUAUAAAUAAGUCAACUACUCUUGAUUCUCCACUAUUAUUUCAAGGAAUGCAACAUUAUUUUUUUCCUAAUCAAGACAAAUUUCUCAUAAACUGGAUAGGUGAAUGAGAAAAAGUAGCUGAAAUAUAUAUUAUCAGAGGGUGAUAAGAUGCUUCUUUGUGAUGUCACUGCUGCCAUAGAAACUAUGUGUGCACACAAGUGAAAAUGACAUCUGGCAGCAGAAGAGCAUGGAAAGUUGAGAGAGGAGGCAACAUCUUCGGUCUGGCAGGGUCAUCAAAGCAGUUCAGCUGAUAAGGAACAACCUUACAGUCUUAGGUACAUUUCCACUUCCAAGCCUCAGAAGAUGUCUCAGGAAGUUGAUUGGUUACACAGCCAAGCAGGUGUGUGUAAGGUCGAUCUCUAUAAUCCUGGAGGAGGAAAGGAUCAGGAACGCAAAGUAAUUUGUUUUGUCGAUGUUUCCAGCCUGAACAUUAAGCAAACAGAUGAUACGGAUAAAGAUGCUGCUGGCCAAUCUAAAAGCAGUGAAUCUGCCACAGGACUUGAUCUGGGGAAAAUGCAGGACAAAGAGGUCAUCGUAAUCAAGGACAGUGACACACCAGAACAGUCUAAGACAGAAGGAGCAGUUUGUCUGUUCAAACAAGGUUCAACCGAAGAGCUUAAUGUUGUGUCCUGGCUUUUUGAUGACCUGCAAAAAUAUGCAUGUGGAUUUCAGCAUGCACUGUCCCCUUCAACUGCCCCUCCUGCACAAAAGCCAUCGGCAGCGGACAAGAUGUCCCAGAAUAACAACAAUACAGCUUUCAAACCUUCGGAAGGUCAAAAAACACCAUCAGAUGAAGUAGCAUGCACUGUCCAAAAGCUGUGUGCUUUGGUUAUGCAGAUGGCAAGUAAAGAGAUCUCUGAAAAUUUGGAAGACGCCGCCAGCAAAUGUAUACGCCAGGCAAUUUAUGCUAGUAAAGAUGGGAAAGUGCUUAAUCCCUCUGGUUCGGUAAGUAAGGUUGCAUCCAAGAUGGUGAAUGAUGUUAUGGAAAAUGCUCAGGAUUCCAACAAAGAUAAGAAAGAGGAGGGUAAAGGACUCCCCAAGAAAACAUCGCUUUUUUAUGGCGAGUUAUGUUCCAACCAAAGCGAAUCAUCACCAGAAGAUGAAGGAAGACCAACACAUGCCCAUUUGAUACAUCCAAGAAAACAGACAUCUUGCAAUGAUGGUACUAGUUCUUUUAACAAAGGACUAAUGGUAUAUGCAAACAAAAAUGCUAAGGAUAUGACAUUUUCAUUUGUGAAUGCCACUAAGAUACACAAAAGGCCACCACUCCCAGCCUGUGUGAUUCUGAAGAGAGUGUUUCUCAAACACACAAAGGAUGUCAUAUCGGACUUAAUUGACUCUACCAUGAAAAAUCUGCAUAAUGUUACUGGAGUCCUCAUGACAGACUCAGAUUUUGUUACUAUGGUGAAGAAAAACCUCUUCAAUGCGGGAACCCAGAAGUCAACUGAGAUUUUAGAAGCAAUGGUAUUAAGAAUGUAUAACGCUUUGAUGUCGGAUACUAAGGACAGAGGGCAUAGUCUUGUAUACUCUUUAUUGAAAACAGGAUGUUCGUUAGACCCCAAUUCUCCAAAUAUGCACUUUGCAUCUUUGAAGGGUGGGGUCCAUAUGAGGGAAAAGGGAAGGCAAGAUGGACAGUCAUCAGCACAAAAAGUAGGUGAAACAAUAAUUAAGGAUGGAAUUAGCAUGUUGAGAUCAAGAGCAGGAGGCAAAGGUUCAGACAGGGGAUGUCAUGAUAAGAGGCCAGAAAAAAGUAACUCUACCACUGAGUUUCUAGCAAAAGACCUCAUUUUGACAGCUUUAAUGUUGAUACAACAACAUCUCUUAACUCAGUACAAAGAGCCUGUUUGUGAGUCAAAUACAUCUUCAUUUGGAUUUUAUGAAAAGGGAGGCAAACAUGGUUCUAAAACUCAUAGUUUCAAUUCCAAGAAUGAUCCACAGCAGCAAGAAUACCAGAGGGGGGAAAUACAAAGUGCCCUUCUGUCAAUCAUCCAGAAGGUCCUACAAGAGGCUGGUUUCAAUGUAGAUGAGUGUGAAAUAAGCAAGAAUAACAAGUCAAACUCGUAUGAUGAUAGAUCUAGUAGAAAGCCCGCAUCCAAACAGAAUAGUUCAGAUGUGGAUUGUGAGAAUAUGGAACAGAUAAAUAAGAAAUUCAUUGAUCAGCUGAUGGAAUCUGUGAUGAAGCUCUGUAUGUACAUGACUAAAAGCCCUGAUUUUGUUGUUGAAGAUUACUCUGACGAACAAGGCACAUACAUCACAGCAAGAAACAAAGGCAUGUCAACUCCAGAUUCAAUGUUAUCCCAGAAACCUCCACGAACUAAUAUUGGAAAACCACUUGUGCCUGCUGGUUCUGAGGUGAUAGUAAACAAUCAGAGCUCCAACAGCAGCUCACAGAACAGAGAACUCCAGGCUGUCCUCCAGUGGAUGGCUGCUUCUCAUUUCCAAGUGCCCAAUCUCACGUUCAUGAAUGAGAAUGAUGACGAGCUGAAGAAGCUUCCACAACUGGCUGACAAAGCAGCCAAGAAAGGUGCAAGUGUAGGGGAUAUUUUGCAGGAGGUAAUGAAGUAUUUCGAGAAACAACAGGUUGACGCCGCUGUGGGAAAUAUGCCUCGUUGCGGAUUACUUGACUGGUUGCUUGCUAAUCUGUAGAUAAGUACCAACACCUCCCUCUCAUUGCUUCCACCCAGCGAAGUGCCAUCUUACUUGUAAGAUGGAACAACAAUACAGCUCAUUUUCCAUAGACAGCACUUCCACAGGCUGUGACACACAAGCUGGGCAAAAUCACCAAUAAAAAAAUACAAAUGUCAACUGUUACUAAUUUGUUUAUUAUUUUUUAUGUAGAUAUUAUAAAUAAGUUACAAGAGUAAAAAUAAAUCCUGAAAGUAUGUUUUUAAUGGAUUGUUAUCAUAGCAGUUGGUAUACUGAUGGUAUCACCUUUGAUAUUUGUUUUGUUUAAUGGACAUAGUUAAUAUCCUUUUACUUUUAGGUCUAAUUAGAUUUCCUUUUUUCUUCUUUUCAUUACUAACUCUAGCAAAUAAUUCAAAGUUGGAUGUUGACAUUGUACUUGCUAAACCUUUUUUUUAUAUAUUUCCAAUUUUUACUGUGUAUUAAUAAAAAUCAAUUAAACUUUAACAUCUUUUAUGAAAAUAAUUAUGCUACUAUAUUUAUUGAUAUUUAGUUACUCCAUUGGUAUCAGUCCACUGUACUAAAAAUUAAUGAAAUAUGGUCAUUCUUGCUGAUGACCUGGAACUGCUGUGAAAAGUUGCAUACAUGUAAUUUACAUGUAGGCAAACCCUGUCUCUGUCCCCCUCUCAAUACACACACAGAGACACACGGCUGUACUGAUUUGUCUUUGUUAAAAUUUUAUUUUACUUUUAUUCCCUCCCCCUUUGUUGUUUUAUUAAAUAAGGGUCGUUUUAAAAAAAAUCCUUAAUAGUAGUGCUAAAGCAAAUAUAGAGGGAUAGAUAUUUUAAUCCACAGUACAAAUUGUUAUGAUUUGCUUCUUCUAAAAAGUUUUUACACACCCAGAAUUUUAUGUACACUCUUCAAAAUUUGCCAUGUCACUAAAUUAUAAAAUCCCUUCUAUUUUUCUGAUAUGGGGUUGUUUAUUGUUUGUUAUAAUUAAUUCAUCCAAAGUUGUGUUCAUGCUUGUAUAAAUAACUGGAUUUUACCAAACACAAGAAAGCAGGCAUUUUCACAGUUAGAUUAUUCGAACAAUAAAGUUCUCUAUUGUCAAUUUUUAUUACUUUGAUUAAAGACACAAAUAUAUAGGAACCAUGAGAAUGGCUCAAGUGUUACAGGUGAUUAGCCAACACUGCCUACUGUGUCAAUCUUUUUUUAAACGAACAAGUAAUUGAAGUUUUUCACGUAGGUAUAAAAGACAACCAACCUACUUGCUCUGUCACAAUUCUUGAACUUCAAGGGAGCUACUCCGAAUGAUUAUAUCACACUGUAUGCAGUCUAUCUCAUUACUCUUAAAUGCAUGUUUUAUUUGCUCAAAGAUGAAUUAAAGAAGGUUUAAGAAUCUGAACAUUAAUGAUUUCCCUUAGUUCUUCUUUCACCACAAUACCACUGUAACUUUCAAUUUUAUACCAGGAAAAUAUGCUAAAGGAAGUUUGAAUACUCAGCUGACAGUAUUAAACAAUGGACAUUUUUAGAAAUUAAUCCUGUUAACAGAGUACAGGUACAGUUAGGAUCACAGUCUCUGUGUAAAUACAUUUAUUAACUGGGUGCUUAAAGAAUUAAUGUUAAAGGUUAAAGCAUAAUAAUUGGUGCAUUGUUUUCCAAGUUAUUUUUCUCCCUCAGUAUCUACUGGCUAAGUAUGAUUACAUGCAUCAGUUCUGUGAGGGUGAUCAUCCUACUUUCCAUGGUUAAAAAAAAGAAAAUAAAUAAUAAUUUUAUCUUCUAGAAAACACAACUUUAUACUACAAAUUAUUUAUAAUAGAUCAAAAAAGAAUCUAGAAGAUGUUGUAUGUGUGCUUGCAAGAGUCUUAAGUCCCUUUAGCAUUUAGAACCUCUGGCUUUUUGUGAGAGAUUGCACACACAAAAGCACUAAUGCAAUAAUAUUUUGACAAAAACAACAACAACAAUGCAUAUGAACACAAAGAGGAAAGUCGCAUCCCAGUCCUUCACAAUGGUUCUGGGUUACAGGUAGACACACACACUCCCCACAAUCCAUGC